UCACAUCCUUGUUUGAAAUUUCUUUAAUUUAAUCGUUUUUGUAAAAAUUAAGGCGCAAUAAAAUGAAUCAAUUCUAUUCUCGUUGAAAAAUACUAUAAUUCUAGAAUUGGGUAAAUUGAAAUAUAAAAUUUAAAACCUUAUUAAUUGUUGUUAAGUAAUGAAAAAGUUGUAAAACGGGCUUAACGGGAAAAAGGAAUGUACUUGUUGAAUCUGGGGCAGGGCAGGCUGGGCAGCAAAGCAAACUCCAACCAAGAAAGGCUGUCAUCAGCUGCCAGGUCAGCCCCGCCUCCUCCCAAAUGCUUUUCUUUCAAAUUUGAACGAAAUUCCGACGCAAUUUCAUUUGCAUUUCGGGAAAAACCUUUCCGUCUUCUUUCCCCGCCUCCCUUUAUAAACCUCUCAUUUCCCCUUCGUCUCCUUCCUCUCUUCAUUUCAGAAUCCUUCCUCUCUCAUAUCUCUUCGAGCUGCGCAUCUGGAGAACGAGAUCGCCUGAGAAACAUCUGGAAGACUAACGCGAAGCAGGCGGCCGACGUUUCCCCGGAGCUCGCUUCUUCGAUCCGCAUCUCCUCUCAAAGGUAUGGAUAGCUUCCUUUUGCUUCGUUUUUUUCAUUGCUCCGUUUGAAUCUGUAGAUCGGGCACUUGUACGAGUUGCGAUUCGAUCUGAGUUUUUGGUGGGUUUUAUUUAUUUAUUUUUGAGCUCGAUCUUGUGGUGUUGAGCUGAUGUGUUUAUCGAUCGGGAAGUAGGUGCGUGUUUGGAGGAUAAGACAAGUAGACAGUGAAAAUGAUAGCUUUAGUUGCCAAAUCUUGCUUCUGUUUGCGUUCGGAGCUCCGAUCUCGUUUUGAACUUUGCUGAUGACGAUGGGUUGUGUGAUUGCCUUUUGGAGUCUAAUUAUGCAAGCUUAGUGCUUGACUUGUGAUUUGAUGUAGUUUAGUUGAAUUACUUGUGCUGACAUUCGAGGGAUGAAAGAAGCUCUAGUUUCUCAUCCAGCUAUUGUAUUGAAGUUGUUCUAGCUUCUUAUGUACUGUCAUGUAAUAUAUACGGAUGCUCAGAUUCGCUAGCAUUUGGGCUUUUGUUGAAUGUGAGAUCUGAAGUUAGUUGGUGGUUUGUUAGCAUUAUAAUGUAGUAGUUUGCUUUCAAUGCUUGAUCUGGUAUUCUCUUCCAUGGAUCUCUUGGUUUCCAGUUCAAAUUUUGAGUCUUGUACUUCGUCAUUUGUGUGUGUGGAUUUGAAAUGUAGAUCAGAGUGUGUUGCUGUGGAUUCCUUUGUUUGAGCUUAUGAUUUAUUUGCUAUUGCACUACAGUAAAAGAUGGCCGACGGUGAGGAAAUUCAGCCCCUUGUCUGUGACAAUGGAACCGGAAUGGUGAAGGCCGGGUUUGCUGGUGAUGAUGCACCAAGAGCAGUCUUCCCCAGUAUUGUUGGCAGACCUAGGCACACUGGAGUUAUGGUUGGGAUGGGUCAGAAGGAUGCCUAUGUUGGUGAUGAGGCUCAAUCUAAAAGAGGUAUCUUGACCUUGAAGUACCCAAUUGAGCACGGUAUUGUCAGCAACUGGGAUGACAUGGAAAAGAUUUGGCAUCACACCUUCUACAAUGAGCUUCGUGUUGCACCUGAGGAGCAUCCAGUCCUUUUGACGGAGGCCCCUCUUAACCCAAAGGCCAACAGAGAGAAGAUGACCCAGAUCAUGUUCGAGACAUUCAAUGUCCCCGCCAUGUAUGUUGCCAUCCAGGCCGUCCUCUCCCUGUAUGCCAGUGGUCGUACUACUGGUAUCGUGUUGGAUUCUGGUGAUGGUGUGAGUCACACCGUGCCAAUCUACGAGGGUUAUGCUCUGCCACAUGCCAUUCUCCGUUUGGAUCUUGCCGGUCGUGAUCUCACCGAUUCGCUGAUGAAGAUCCUCACAGAGAGAGGUUACAUGUUCACCACCACAGCCGAACGGGAAAUUGUCCGUGACAUGAAGGAGAAGCUCGCCUAUGUGGCCCUUGACUACGAGCAAGAACUUGAGACGGCAAAGAGCAGCUCGUCAGUCGAGAAGAACUAUGAGCUUCCUGAUGGCCAGGUCAUCACCAUCGGAGCUGAGAGGUUCCGUUGCCCUGAGGUCCUUUUCCAGCCAUCCCUCAUUGGAAUGGAAGCUGCUGGUAUCCACGAGACUACUUACAACUCCAUCAUGAAGUGUGACGUGGAUAUCAGGAAGGAUCUCUACGGUAACAUUGUGCUCAGUGGUGGGUCUACCAUGUUCCCUGGUAUCGCUGACCGUAUGAGCAAAGAGAUCACUGCUCUUGCUCCCAGCAGCAUGAAGAUCAAGGUUGUGGCACCGCCUGAGAGGAAAUACAGUGUCUGGAUUGGAGGGUCCAUCCUCGCAUCUCUCAGCACCUUCCAGCAGAUGUGGAUCUCCAAGUCCGAGUAUGAUGAAUCUGGCCCGUCCAUUGUCCACAGGAAGUGCUUCUAAGCUCCUGAAGAAGUGGGUUGAUGAGUUCUUUGUUACAUUUGGCUUUUCCUUUUUUAUCGAAUGUCGGUGUGAACUCGAGUCAGGUUUGGUGUAUUACUUCGCAGCAGCUACUUCAGCUCGAUUUUCGUUGCUCAAAACGGUCCUAGUUUCUGAAGUUGUUGCGUGUUGUAGUCUUUCUUUCUCAAGUAGGGGUGUCGAUAGGUUGUUGUCUUGUUGAGAGUGAGGUUUGUGAUGGUCGGUUUUCUCCUGUUUUGAGUUAUCUUCCUGCUUUGAGAUAUUUUAAGGGUUUUUUUGGUUCUUUUUUCCUGGUUCCCCCUUUUGAGGGAAAGAUCAAUGUUAAUAGUUAUUUGUAUGAGGGAGAAUUUUAUGAUUAGUAUCAGGUUGCGGUCAUUAAACUGUAUGGAACCAUAUUUAUUACUUUAUUAUUGGAAUUUGGGUUUUGCCAUCUGGAUUCUUUGCUCUUGCCUAUAAUUUGGGUAGUCAUUUUUAUCUGAUAAAUAGGAUCAUCAAUC